AUGACUGUUGAAGAAAGUCUUUUACCAGCAUUAUUCUGUAUGGCUGCAGCCGAAGGAGAUGUCGAACAAAUGGCUAAUUUACUUGAACAAUUUCCAGAAUUUCGUGCCGAUAGUGUUGACUACGAUUUUCGUUCGCUACACAUAAAAAAUCAAGAUUUAAGUUGGAUAAAACGAGAAGAUUGUUGGGGCUUCUCACCUAUUGAAGAAGCAUAUCAUUAUGGGUAUUAUGAAGUAGCAACUUAUUUAAUUGAAUGCGUAAAAAAUAAUCAAAAUUUAAUUUUAUCAAAUUCAAGACAAUAUUUAAAAAUGAAACCUGCUGUAAGAUCAAUGCGUCAAUGGAAAAAAGUUCUUCAUUUUGGUGCAUUAGCAUCAAAUAAUGAAGCCGAAUUAAUUGGAAAAAAUGUGUUUUGA